AGUAUAAACUUCGUAAAGGAUAAUAUUUUGAAUCGUUCAAAAUGGCAGACGUAGCAGCACCAGCACCAGCACCAGCUAAAUCACCAAAGAAAAAGGCAGCAGCUAAGCCAAAGAAGCCUUCAGCACAUCCUAAAUACAGCGAGAUGAUUGGGAAAGCCAUCGCUGCUUUGAAAGAACGUGGAGGUUCCUCAAGGCAAGCAAUUUUGAAGUACAUCAUGGCCAACUUCAACGUCGGAAAAGAUGCCAAGUCAGUAAACGCUCAUUUAAAACUUGCACUCAGAGCCGGAGUUAAGAACAACAGUUUGAAGCAGUCCAAGGGAACUGGAGCAUCCGGAUCUUUCAGAAUUGGAGAAACAAAACAAGCUAAAAAGAAGCCAGCAAAGGCAAAGAAAGCAGCUAAACCUAAGGCUGCCAAGCCAAAGAAGGCAAAGAGCACACCUAAGGAAAAGAAGGCAGCAAAGAAACCAGCUGGAGAGAAAAAGGCAGCCAAGCCUAAAGCUAAGAAACCAGCAGCAAAGAAAGCAGCCAAGCCAAAGAAGGCAGCCAAGCCACCAGCUAAAAAGAAGGCAGCCAAACCAAAAGCCAAGAAGACACCAAAGAAGAAGUAAACUGUUCCAGACUACAGUCUGCAGAGGCUAUUCAGCCACCAAAAGCCCUUUUAAGGGCUACCCAAUUUGUUCAAAAAGAAUCUACAAUUGUUGUACAUUAGUUAUCAAACUAAAUAUAGCUGAGCCCUACCCUGCCCUUUUCUUUUUUCUUCACUUUGCACUGUUCUUUGAAAUAUUUUUUUCAGUCAAAUUAUUUCCAUUUUUUGCUUCAUUUCACUCCUUAAGAGUAUACUAUUUCUAACAUUUAUGCAGUUGCCUUUUGGGAAAAUUAUUUUUAGUAAGGAAAUAUUAAAGAUAUAUCAUUUUAC